UGUUGAAUUUUUUUUUCGUCAGCACCGACUGAGACAUUCUUCUGAUCGUAAUGUUCUGAAGGAGUGUCCACUUCAAAUACUUGGGAUCAUCAUAAGAACAAAUCAUACACUUCGGACGAUCGAGGAUGCCACCAAGAUACGAUGAAGCGCCUGAGCUGGCACCUCAUAAUUUCCCAGAAGUUCAUCACCCACCUUCUGUACCAGAAGUGGCUGCAUACGGGCAACGUCAUACACCUCCGACACCCAUAAAAUUGGAGGAAUUAACGAACCCAUCAACAACGUAUCCAAGCUAUAGGCCACCCGAAAGUUCAACUCACUCGCCGUAUGCUUCAUAUGACUAUCAAUCUGGAUUUGGCCAUGUACCAGCUUCCGACAAAGGAAGAGGCCGAAAACAAAUAUUAGGAUGCUCAGUUUUAGUAUUCACUCUGUCUAUUAUUAUCGCGAUUUUAUCCAUAACCGUCAUAGGGCUGGCGGCGGGAACGGGAGUCGAGGCGAACCGCGCAAACAACGCUGAGGCGCGAUUAGCCGCAUUAAACGCAUCUUCAACUUCCACAGGCUCAGCGCCGGCUUCAAGUGCAUCAGACUUUAGCGAUAUCGACAAUGGAUGCUCUAAAAACUCGGGUGGUGUGUCGGGGACCACUUAUACGACUCACUUCUUCAAUAGAACUACAUUCAAAUUAUAUUGUAACAGUGAUGCGCCGAAUAAUCCACUCUCUUCUCUUUUCGUGGGCAACUUCAACGAUUGCAUAGACGCCUGCGCUUCAUACACCUUCUACCUUGCUUCGGAUUUCACUCAUAUCUCCAAUAUGACCACAGCCUACAAUGCUACCUGCGCGGGUGUCAGCUUUAUCCCCGCGUGGACCAAUCGUACGUUUGCUGAGCAGCAGAAUGCGCCGGGGAAUUGCUAUCUUAAACCUGGGCCGCAGAACCAGACAGCGCUGAACAGCCCUAAUGCGGGCAGUUCCGCGAUACAUGCAGCAAUUUUGGAUAACUAAGUGCAUCAUAAUCCUAAUAAUAUUUUUACGAUUAUGUAUUGGAUGGGACAAUGGAAUGAUGGCGCAUGCAUUUUACAUGAUACCAUAGCGGCAGGUGUCUGGCGUUCACAUGAGGGCUUUUCUGGUGGGAUUAUUUACAGCGACACAUCGGAUGAGAUUUAGGAUCAACGGUCUACUGGCAAGGAGCCUUGCAAUUUGCUAUUUUGGCAGUGGUUGGAAGAGAUCACAUGCAAUUUACUUAAGAUAUAUGA